ACACCAAUUCAAGAAUUUGCGGCGGUUUUCUCAGUUAAUUAUUUGCCAUUGUUUCUCCCGUCGGCACUGCCACUGACUUUAACACAACGUUGGGCCUGGUGCGAUCUCCACUACUUGAAUUGAAUCACGCGUCAAGUCCUUACCUAGAUGGAAGAUGUUGGCAUGGAUUCUUUCACAGCGGCCCCGCAAACCAUAUAUUCAUCUCCGGUGGUUGAUCUUGCACUGGCGGUGCGAUUUGACCUUGAACCUCACCAAAAAGAUCUUGUAAAGAAAGUCGUCCUUGAGGCGGAGCAGGACAUGGUCCGUUUCGAGUGCAAUGUUCGUUGUAUCCGUGAAAAUCUCGUCAAUUACAUCGAGCAGCACAAGGCCUUGCUCACCCCCAUCUGUCGUCUUCCUGUCGACAUCUUAACCACCGUAUUUAUCCUCCUUGCUUCGACCACGAGGAACACCGUCUUCGACCUAGAAAGUCCGCCCUGGGUACUCACACAUGUAUGCAGACGGUGGAGAAAUCUAGCACGGUCCACACCAGUACUAUGGAGCUACGUGACGGUGAAGGAUCAGGAGAUUGGAUCGGCGGAUCCUUGCAAUCUCUCGCUAGGGGCCAUGGCUGAAGAGUAUUUCAGGCUCUCAAAGGACGCCCCACUUCACAUCGAACUGGGCUCGGGACGGAAUGACGAGUAUGCAGACACUGUUCUUACCGAUGCCGCACUUGAACUUUUGCCUACUCAUUCCGGCCGGUGGAAGACCUUCAAGGCCCGUCUCUGGCUAUCUGAUAUCGCGCAUCUGAGCGUCGCUUUACCAAUCCUCGAAAGCAUUGAUCUCGUCAGUUCUGCUGAAUUUGAUGACGGAUACACAGAGAAGGUUAGGACGUUCCGCGACGCACCCAAGCUAAUAAAAGCCUCACUUUCCGAGCUUCCUCCCACAACUGUCGUCCAGCUUCCAAAGACCUUGACCAGACUCUCCUUCAAGGAUAUGCCCAUGAAUCAAAUCACGUCACACCUCAGGGGGGUAGCACAUUCCCUCAUUUCCUGUGAAAUACGAGAGCUUGAUGGACCGGCACCCAGCAAAAUCCUUUCCCUACAAUUAUCUCAUCUGCAAAGCCUGCGGAUAUCUUUCGUUGAUGAUUUUUCCUUAGGCGCCAUGAAACAGCACGCCCGCAGGUUCAUAGGCUCUUUGACACUUCCUGCAUUGACGGAGCUUCAUGUCAGUGGCUCGGUCGUGCUAGAUGUUCAGAUCUUUACGGAUCUCAUCCAUCGCUCCAGAUGCAGCAUUCGCUCAUUGCUAUUUGAGUGCGGAGACAUGUACAAGCUUCUCCGGUAUUCCCCCAACGUCACCCAUCUAUCAUUAACCCAAAUAUCUUUGAAGCACGGAGGUCUGAAGCCGCUGGGGUAUUCUCCAGGUGAUAAGAAGUUUAUUCUCCCGAAGCUGGAUACUUUGGAGAUCUACUUGACUGGUUUUGCCGGGGGGCAGUUCAAAGGAAUCGUCCAGACCAUCAAAAGCCGCUUUGGUACAAUCUUCACAGAAGGACACGAAAGAGCAGGAUAUGAAGAACCAGCUGAAGGAAGCAAUAUGUAGGGGUCUAACGGCCCAGUUCAUUCUUCCAGAACCAGAUGACGAGUCUGAUUGGGACGAGUCUGAUUGUCACUCGGAAUCGGGAGACGAAUAUUUCCU